AGAUUCCUGCCUGCGCGUUCUCGCCUUUUGAAAUGCGCGGCAGCGGUGAGGACAGGGGAAGAUCGUCAGCCUCCCACAGUUCAGCGAGCAAGAAUCGAUAUUUUUAGCGCCUGGUUCGUGUUGCAGCGUCGCAGUGGCAAGAAGCCUCUUCUCGGUCUCUACGCCACAGUUUGAGCAGGGCUCGCGUGGGGCACGAGAGAACUACGUGACUCUAACUGCGCAUAGGGUUCUAGACAGAGGAGGAAGAUAACGGACGGAGCAUAGUGGGAAGAGACCACAUAUCAUCGUCCGACUUUAGGACUUGGUUGGACGUCGUGCCCGGAGAUGGCCAGCCCUACCGCAUGUCGAAAUUUCGCGAAUGCCCCGUUACAAGAGCAAGAGCCGCCGGAGCCGAACCAUCCCGAGCCAGCCUGCCUGGAGGCACAGAAAUGGAUUGAGGCUGUAACAGGGAAGAGCUUUGGGAACAAGGACUUCCGCAGUGCACUAGAAAACGGCAUCCUGUUAUGCGAGCUGCUGAGUGCUAUCAAACCAGGGCUAGUUAAAAAGAUCAACAGACUUCCCACCCCCAUUGCUGGACUGGACAACCUGUCAGUCUUCUUGAGGGGCUGCGAGGAGUUGGGUCUGAAGGGAUCACAGCUGUUUGACCCAGGAGACUUGCAAGACACGUCAGUACGAGCUAACCUAAAGGACUCUGAUUGGAAUCGUAAACUAAAAAAUGUGCUCAACACUAUGUUCUGGCUUGGGAAGGCUGCCAGCGGCUGCGCUUCUUACAGUGGCCCCACUCUAAACCUCAAGGAGUUUGAAGGGCUUCUUGCUCAAAUGAAGGUGGAAAAUGAGGAGACAGGUGACAGUCCUCAGAAACGCAGCGUUAGAGACAGCGGCUAUGACUGCUGGGAUUCAGAGAGGAGUGAAUCUCUCUCUCCACCCCGACACACUCGAGACAACUCCCUCGACAGUUUGGAUUCAUUUGGCUCCCGCUCACAGCACAGCCCUUCCCCUGAUGUGGUGAAUCGAGGCAACAGUGAUGGACGAGGCAGCGACUCAGAGGCCGAUGCCUCCGGCAGAAAGCCAGAUGUGCGGAAGGAUGACAUGUUGGCCAGACGGACUGCCAGCAGUGAAUCAAGAAGCUCCAUUCCCUUUAACCAGUUUCUUCCCAAUCGAACCAAUGCCUGCUCUUACAUCCCGACUCCGCGACGGAAACAACAUACAGAUGAGGGAGAGCAGAGAAGGGUGAGCCGACGAGUUGCUUUUCUGUUAGACAACGAGAGCGUAAGCAUGACUGAUAUGGUUAACGAGGAGGAAGUGGGACACAUGCCAUCACUGAGUCAAUCACGUUAUGAGCGCAUGCAUGAGCAGUAUAACAGUUUACUGGAAGAGGAGGACCAUUGGCAAGAUGACUUGGCCCGGUGGAAAAAUCGCCGCCGCAGUGCGUCACAGGACCUAAUCAAAAAAGAGGAGGAGAGGAAGAGAAUGGAAAAAAAGAUGAAGGAGGAGGGAGAUAAGAAGAAGGGCAUUAAGACUUACAAAAAGAUUGUAGAAGAGAAGGAGCGCAGAGAAGCAGAGUUGUGUGAGGCUUUUAGAAAUGCAGCAACACCAGAGGAGGCCGCUUUGGUUUUAGAGCGAUAUGCUCUCCGCUUCACAAUAAGUGAUGCAACACUCGACAGCCUAAAACUGCCCAGAUCCACCGCAAAACCCAAGCAGGACCUGAAUCAGGCAGAACAGGAGAACAAGCCAACAUCACCUGUUAAUAACUCAGAGAUGUUGGACCGUCUGCACAAACCAGACUUGGCUGUUUUAGUCAACCAGGAAUGCAAAAGAAUUGAAAACUUGGAUAUAGAUGCAACUCAUGAUCGAGAGAAAUCAGGUGCCAUCUCCAGCAGCUCUAAUACACCAAACAGUCCUGUCUCUACUGAGACAAACUCACAAAAUGUGCCACCUCAGUCACUACAGCUUCAAGAAGCACCAGCUCUACUGACAGAGUCUCCAUCCACUCAUCAGAAACAGCCAAUUACAGAAGAAGCACAACCCCAGACUCAACAAACUUCCCCUCAGGAUGCUCAAGUGCAGCCCCAACCAGCGCAACCUGCACAGUCGCUCCCCUCCCCUUUAUCUGCACCCUGCAGACCUCUACCCCUGCUGGUGGCCAAGCCCUACGGCCAGCCCAGGAACACGCUAUCAGGACACAAACCCAUCCAGAUGGACGGGUUGGUGCGAGUGAAUGGAGAGGUGACAGAGGAUUUCACUGUUCCAUCUCCACCUACAACCCCUCUGGAAUCAGUGCAGGAAAACAAAGAAGUUUCCUCCAAACAGACAGAGAAAGACGUUGCUGCUGAGGAGGCUGUGGAAAAUCCAAAGACUGCAGAGCAGGUGGCGCUUCCACUAAAGGACAAAUCAACAUCGACUUCAGGCUCCACAAUCAGCUCCCUGAUUGGAGGCCGCAACUGUAUCAUCACUACCACUAUUGUGACAGAACUCACUCAGACUCAUGUGGAGCCGCUUCAACCAGAUAUCCAAAGUAACGAACAGGCUUGGACACCUGUAGAAGAGCAAAAUGUUCAGGCAGCUGCAUCUCCAAGCAGCAUGCAAGAAUAUUCUCCCACUGUUGCAGAGGGACUUGAAGAGAGCAACGUAACUAUUGAGACCCCCAUGUUGAACUUGGCUAAACGUGUUAAUCACUGGGUCUGGGACCCCAAUGAGGAGCGUAAACGCUUGGAAAGGUGGCAACAGGAGCAAGAACGCCUCCUACAGGAACAAUACCAGAGAGAGCAAGAAAAACUGAAGAAAGAGUGGGAGAAGGCACAGUUAGAGGUGGAGGAGGAGGAGAGAAAACACAAUGAAGAGGAGAGACGAAUUUUAGAGGAAACUGUGACACCCCUCAGUCCUACUGGCUUAUUGCACCAGCAGUCAGGACACAUGGUGACAACUCCGUCUGCAACAGAAAACAAAAACACAGGGACAAGAAAUGUGCCCUUGAUGCAGAAUGGACAAAAAAUAUCCACAUGCAAAGAGGAUCAGCAUGCUUCUAAGCUGCAUUUUUUUCAGGACUCUUCAUGUGAUGCUGAACCUUCAAAGAAACAGGAGCUGUGGAAAACAUCCUCUCUGGACCGUAACUCUCAGCUGAUCCAGACACAAAGUGUGAAAAGAUCAGGAUCACAUGAUGUUGUAACAAGCAAACAGCAGUCCUCCCCUUCUACACCUCAGCCUCCCUCACCCAGCAGAUGUGUGAGUGGAAAGCGACUGUGUUCUGGUUGUUCAAAACCUCUGGGAAAAGGAGCUGCAAUGAUCAUCGAUACUCUGGGACUGUUUUUCCACAUACAGUGUUUCAAGUGUGGAGUGUGCAACGGGCAACUGGGAGACGCCACUGCAGGGACUGACGUACGAAUUCGCAACGGACUCCUGAGCUGUCAUGAGUGCUAUCUUGCAUCUCGGGGCAGAGGUCAGCCCACCACAUUAUGAUUACUUGUUUUCUUGAAACUGGAACCUCACCAACACGGGCAGUGACUGGAUGGAGAAAAAUUAUAGAACCUUAUAUCACAUUCUGGACUUUGUGAAACAGUCUUGGAAUCAUUUAAGCUUUGGAAUAAUAAUUGUUUUUCUUGUCAUGAAAUGCACAUACUGCUUGUAUGGGUGUUUAUGACAAAGAAAUUGGAUUGUCAUGUGGGUUUCCUGGUGCAGUACUAAUGAUGUACUUCUUAUCUGUACACAUGUAUACACUUCUUUUUUUUAUAUAUAUAUGUGUACCACUGAUAUAAGAAAGAAAAUAGUAUGUUCAGGCCUUUGCACCUCCACCCCAUCUUUUCUGUCUCAAGCUAACAUGUUACAGUUAAAGCUGAACAUUGCUUAAUCUCUGAAUCCUGGCUCAUUAACUCUAGCUUCUGCACUGAUCAUGUGACUCCACUUUCUAAUUGUGAUGCAAAGAGUUUUGGGGUUGGAUAAUCUGGAGUAGCUUGACCGUCAUAAUGCCUUACUCUUAUCUUAUUCAUUUUGGGGUUUGUGUUUACAGUUUUGCAUGAAAAAAAAGAACAUAUAUAUGUAAGUUAUUGUAAGUAUUGCUCAGAUUCACAGGGAGUUGUUACUUUCUCAGCUUUGGAACGUGAACUAUCCUCUUUAAUGUUGAGCAUCUUUAUCAUUUGAAGUUUUGAGAAUCUGGCUAACUUACACUACUUUUUUCUUUAUUGUUAAUUUUUUUUAAUAAUAAUGCAUGUUAUUAAGUAAUGAUACUUACUCUUUGGAUUUUAAAUAAUUUCCCUAUAAAUCUUUUGGCUUUUUUUUCUUUUCAUUGACUGUCUGCAUAUGAAUCAGUGCCUUAUGUAAUGAAUGCAAGGGCAAGAGUAUUUCACACUCACACAGACCUCUGGGUCUAGGCACAUUGUGUGUGUGUGUAUGUCUGUUAAGAGUGUGUGCAUGUAUAGAUAUGAAUGCAAUGUGUGAUUUGACUUGAAGCACAGUUCCAUACCAGCAAAUACAAAAAAAAUGUUACAUGGAUCAACCUUUCCUUAAUCCCUACUGCCCUUUUCCAAUCCCUAAAUUAACUAAACCAAUGGCACAAAAUUGUUUGCUGCUUUCCUGUUAAUUUUUUCCAUCUUUUGAAAUUCAUUGUCCUAAAAAUUUCCUCUUCUGCCUCUUUUACAAGUGUUGCCUCCCCAGAGUAUGUACUGAAUUACUCUUUCCUCUCUCACCUCCUUCUGGACACUUGACCGCAGCUUCAUUUUUCAGAGGAACAGAGCUCAGUGUCUUUUAUAGCAAUCAUAUAUUUAUCAAUAAAACAUUUUGAAUGGAUGUUUUCAAGUCCUUUCUUUCUUUACCUGGCCUUUAUGAACCUAGAAUGGUGAAAGAAUUGUGUAUUCAAAUUACAAUUUCCUGUCUUUGUUCCACAUACAAUAAGUUUUCAGUUUAGUUCUACAGUACCUUUA